AUGACUACAAAAACAUAUGAAAACGUCCUUUCCUUUUGGUUCGGCUCCAAAUCAUCCCGCGACUAUCUCAAGCAAAAGUCAUUCUGGUACGGCAGCCCAGCAGACGACGCCUACGUCCGCAAGAACCUAGGAACAUCCUAUGAGGCCGCAAGAAGUGGCGAACUGGACUCAUGGACACGAGCGGGCGAGGGCGAAGGGGCCUUGGCUUUGAUAUUGCUGCUUGAUCAAGUACCCCGAAACAUCUUUCGGGGUAAGCCACAGGCAUACGCUACAGACUCUAAAGCUGUCUCUGUUGCUCGAGUGGCUGUCGGAGAAGGCUGGGAUAAGAACAUGCCUAGUAUUCAACGGCGAUACAUCUAUUCGCCCUUCAAUCAUUCGGAAAUCUUGGAGGAUCAGGAGUUGUCCGUGAAAUUGUUUACGGAGUUGGGUGAUCCUUAUCAUUUGCAGUUUGCGACGGAUUUCUAUGAGCAGAUUAAGCGUGAUGGGCGGUUUAAGCACCGUGAUCAGAUUCUUGGACGGUGA